UCUAGGGUUCUUGUGGACUUGAAAAAGCCUCGUAUCUCAUCGUCUUUCCUCGGUGUCUCUCUUGGUUGCGCCGCCUCUAUCUCUGAAAACAUGCCUCGCCGGAGCUCUGGAAGAUCUGCCCCACGUCCUGCUCCUCGUCGAGCUCCACCUCCAGCUCCUGUAAGCCAUGCCCCGCCCCCAGCUCCUGUCCAAAGCAGUGGUGGGGGAUCUAUGCUUGGAAACAUAGGAUCAACCAUAGCUCAAGGUGUGGCUUUUGGUACUGGAAGUGCUGUGGCACAUAGGGCUGUUGAUGCCGUCAUGGGUCCUCGCACCGUUCAGCAUGAAAUGGUCGGAGGUCCAGCACCCGAUGCUCAAGCACCCUCAACCAACAGUGUUGGCUCUGAUGCUUGCGGCAUGCAUACUAAGGCUUUCCAAGAUUGCUUGAAUAGCUCCGGAAAUGACAUUGGCAAGUGCCAAUUCUACAUGGAUAUGCUGACCGAGUGCAGAAGGAACUCAAUGCUGAAUGCCUAAGCCUGAAGCUUUUUUACUGCUGUUCUGAUAAUCGAACUGCUAUGAAAUUUCCCUCCAUGAUUAUGGGGCAUUUUAUGCUACUAUUAUACAAUCUUCAUAAAAAUUUCUCUGAAUAAGUUUAUACGAUUUCGGAUGUGAAAUGGACCAUUAUCCAUGGUGUCUUUGGUUUCAUUUUCAGUAAAGACAUACUGGAUAAUUACUUCCUGUUCUAUUUUA